AUGAUUCUUAUUGGUAUUGAGGAUAAAACAGGAGAAACUCUUGGACAAGAGAUUACAGCGGAUGGCAAAGCAGAAUGGGAGAGUGGGUUUCAAGCCAUGAUUAACCAAAUGAGUGAAACAUGGAGCUUUAUCCCAAUUCAGGGUGAACACUGGGAUAUAGAGUUCUCUCCUGUUGAUGGCACCAAAUCAAGUUUUGUGAUAGUGGUUCGUAUUGCUGGCAUGAGGAACUUGGGUGGCAUUUUCACAAAAUGCCCAAAAAGCUUUGAGCUGCUGAAUCCUUCAGGAUCUGAUGGAGAGGAAGAGAUUGUACCCCUUGAUUUCCAUGAGUGGAAGCAGAGAAUGCUGCGUAGCACAUGCCUAGGUCAAAGUAAAGGUGAGUGCGUCAUUUAUCAGAGGGCCAUCACUGAUUAGCUUACCCUAGACAUGCUAUUUCUUAAUGUCUUGGUGAUUGUCAAGUAAUAUAUCAAGCAUGAGACGCAUGUCUCAUCACCAGAUGAAACACUGAAAAGAGAGUUGAAAACACGACACACAUCAGAGUAUUUUUGACGAACCUUUGAGAUGUUUCAUGUGGUGAUGAAACACUGUGUUGAAUGCCUGAUAUUACUUCACAAACAAAACGAUUGCAGAAAGAGAAAUUAAGGAUGCAAAAAUGAGCAGUUUUUCAUCUGAUUUCCAAACACUCAUUAAACAUUAAUUUCCUUUGUAUUUUCUUUAUGAAUUAUGAAAGUUCUAUGUGAGCCUGCAGCCAAGGAAUGUCGUGACUAAACUUGGCAUUACAUUAUUUUGCAUCUUUAUUUGAUAAAGAACCACAGUGACAAACAUGCAACAAAUCAUUUAUAAUCUUUUGAAAUUGUUGAGUACAAAAUCCAGAGUUCUUCAAACCAACAUGUUGAGUCUGACAUUGUUGUUGACUCAGUAUAUCAAGCAUGAGACGCAAUGUUUCAUCACUUUUGACGAAUUUUGUGUUGUUUCAUCUGUUGGUGAAACAUUGUGUCGAAUGCUUGCUAUUACUUCCCAAACAAAAUGAUUUUAGAUUGAGAAUUUAAAGGUGCAAAAAUGAGCAGGUUUUCAUCUGAUUUCCAAACACUCAUUAAACAUUGAUUUCCUUUGUAUUUUCUGUAUGAAUUAUUAAUGAGUUUGAGAAAGCAAUGUAUGCUAUUAGUAUUCAUGUAUGAUCUUAAUAGCAACAUCAGCAUUUUAUUUCUUAAGAAAAAUCAAAGUUAUACAAAAUUAAAUGCCUUGCACAUAGCUACUAAGCUAAUCAAAGGUGAUAACACUGUUACAAAAAGGAAAGUAACACAAUAAUUAUUACAAGCAGAAGUAAGCACUGAAAGUCCUGUCAUUAUUUUGCCAUAGUAGCUUAUUAUGUGGCUGUCUGUUUUCGCCUUACAAUUGGUCAAUUUGCGGUCCGUAGCUAUGUGGACCAAAAUCUCAAAAACAAGGUUUAAACAAAGUUAUAAGAUGUCUGUCAACCAUGAGGACUUCGAUGUUGACUUUGUCCUUUAUAGUCAGGUCUCGUAAGGUCAGGAUCGUUACAGAGUUGACAAAAGCACCAAACUUUGCACAGCGAUAUCUUAUUGCAGUACCAUGAAUGUUACAGGGGGUGCCCUAUGCAAAUAUGCCACUGAAGCGUGCUAAACAGGAUUUAAUUAUUGUAAAUUUUACAUGCUGGGGUCCCUGUGGUGUUUUGAUUGAAAAUUGUUAUUUAAUACCUUAAAUCACUCAGAAUACUCUUCUCAUGUUGUAAACAAUUUCACUUGAACAUCUGGCAUUCCCAUCCAUUAUUAGCUUAUUGAUUGUAUAAUUAAGUUGAUUAUUACUGUGCCCUUACAGCAAGUCCACAGUCCACCCACAUUUUCAUAAGUCAUUUCUAAGAUGGCCUCGUCUUUGCUUCAUAUAAACUUGCAAGUACUCAGCGUCUGGGGUUCUCUUCUCCUUUUCUAAUGUAUUUCAAUGAGAGGAGGCCCUAUUGUGUGGCUUAAGCCUUAUUUACCAAGUAUUACUUGGCAUUACAUGUCACUUUAAGCUAAAGAAAGCGUCAGGCAUAGCGAUUCACACAAAAUUUCAGGAAAAAAAGAAAUUGUCAAAGAGUCUGUUGUAUCACAUAUUAUCAGGGAUUUAUGACAGCUGUUCAUGAAGAGCAAAUAACGAAAUAACAGAACCCAGAAUAGUUCUUUCCUAAGGAGGUAAUUAAUUUUUCAGCUAAACAUAGGCCUGGAUGCCUUUCAGUCUCUCUUUAUCUGCUGGACGCACGUGCAUGUUUUGACAGCGAAGAAAGCAUCGUGGCACAAGUACAUAUCAUUUACAAUUCCCACAGUUUGUCUAAGCUUUACAAAGCAAAAACUAACCAAAAAAAAAUCUGGUCUCAUAAACGAAAAAAAGAAACAAGUUAGCCCAAGCUUCACAAAACAGCACGGUUCAUCAUGAAGCCUCUACAUUUGGCACUGAAGCACUCAUGUCCAAAAUAUUAACAGCUUAUCAAGUCUUAAAAGAAAUACUCAAGUGGUACAAGAUUGACUCAAAUGAUAAAUGGUGAAUGGUUUAACUGCUGAAACUGUAGAAAGGGGCCCGGACUAACUUUUUAGUGCCUUGUAUUUCAGUUGUACCGUAUUUAUUCGAAUAAGCGCCCAACCUCGAAUUAACGCCCACCUCGAAUAAGCGCCCAUCCUAAAGGCAGAAAAAGUUAACAAGCGCCCAGCCUCGAAUAAGCGCCCACCCCUCCUGCUCCCAAUCAGACUCAAAUAAGCGCUCACCCCCAACCCACCCACUUAAGUGAAUAAGUUCCAAUAAGAGACUUCCCCGAGGACGGAGUUUUCUUCAGAGUAUUUUACAGAAACCUUGCUUUGUUACUUCUUCGCGUUUUGUUAUUAGCAUUUAUUGUUUUGUUGCAAAAUAAACCUACUUCAUUUGCUGAAAAUGGUGAAAAUUUAAUAAGCGCCCAGCCUCGAAUAAGCGCCCACUCUCAAGGUCCAAAAAUUUAAUAAGCGCCCAGGGCGGUUAAUCGAAUAAAUACGGUAAGUUUUUUUCUGACUGACCUUUUCAUUCUUGAUUUAAUUGUAUUGUAAUUAUUUUAGUUCUAGCCUUCUUCUAUUCCUGUAAAUUCCUCACGUCUUUUUUUUGCUGACCUUAGGCCAUUUAAGCCCCCGGCUUUGGCUGUUCUUGUGUAUUUUUUCUUCCAGUGUGUGAUAUGUAUUAAUAAAGUAAGUUAAGUUAGGUUUACAUGGAGGAGGGGGACCCCAGGUAGUCAUGGUAACUAACUUAGGUGGGGUAUUAACCCACAUGUCCAUAUAAUCUCUCAUUUUAAUUUGAUCACGUUUACAUGAAAGGUGGGGUGACCCUUCAAGGUGGUUAGCCCGGUCUGCCACACCGGGUAACCCUCUCAGCUGAGGUCAAAUUUUGCCAUGCCAACGUUUCAAGGUGAGGUAACCCAGGCUAGUCGGAGUCGGAUUCGUGAUACAUCAAAUUCACGCAAAAUUCACUUUGGCGCGGGUGGCUUCAGAUAGUUAUUAAAGGUAACGAUAGAAAGCCACAACACUGAAGGUUGCAGCAAGAGUAGCAAGUGAGCGUAGACGUGGUUUGCUAGCAUUUUUCUUGUUUACGUGCUUAGCGACCAUUCAAUAAUCUUGAGAAAGUGCACCCCAGGAUGGCGGGGUUGUAAGAUUGCAUGUAAAGGAGGGUUAUUUUUUUUACCCCACCUAAGCAGGUUACCUCACCUACCCGGGGUCCCCAACCUUUAUGUAAACAGCCUUUAAGUCUCAAGAACUGUGAAACUGGUAAUAAACAGUAUACCUAACCCGGGACUAGCUGUGAUACUACUUCCAUCUUUAUAAACGUCAGUAUAGCAGCCAAAGGAGCCAUUAAAUCCGUGUAACACGAAUAUUAGAUUGCGGCUGCUUCAUGCGUCUCGUUUUGUAACUUUUUUUGUGUUCGUUUUUGUCACCAUCUCUAAAUCUCAAUCAUGUUCAAAACACCCCUACUAACAAAACAUUUCGUAAAGCUCUUUAGAAUGAUAUUCAGCAAUAAAAAUAAGGUGUGACCAGGAGCCGAUUUCUAGGCUCCUAGUGUGGCAACAUAGGCAUAAGUGAAUGCAAAGUUUUGCGGUAUGUAAUCUGUCCGAAAUCUGUUUGAGUGGUCAAAGUUGGGGCUGAUGGGCUUCUUUUUGUCAUGACCACUCCAUUAUUAUAAGGGACCAGGCCAUAAUUAUUGUUGAUCCUUGCAUUUUUUGGUAUUUUCUGUAAUUUUCCCCAGCAUUAUUUGGGGAAAGGUGGUAACUGAAUUGCUCUUGAGGAAUUCAUGAUCGUAAGAUUCCGUAACCACGGGGUAUUCUCCUAAUUGCAUCAAACGAAUUACAUUCAUUUUCAUAAAUGAUACAUCCUUGGUUGGCUAAAAGAGGCCUUGUUCCUGUAACUUUCAGCUCUUCUGAAGUUAGCUUGUUUGUAAACUGUAACGCAAGCGACGACCUUCCUUUUUUUUUGAAAGAUCGUAUAGACCUACCAUUAACACUCUGGUGCGAGGGCUCUGAAGUGAAUGAGCUCCUUACAGGUGUCUAGGCAUGCAGGGACCUCAUACACUUCUUUUUAAAUGCAAAUGUGUAAAACAUAAACAGUGUUAAAAAUUCCUGGAGAGGCAUGUUUUACAACCUCGCCCCCAGGGCUUAAUAAAAAGGUAGAAAAAGGUAAAGCGACCAUAUUUUACGUCAACAACUCGUGACAGUAAUAAUAACUGAUAAACUUGAGGUCGACGGUGCGCUCCUUUUACCCCCCCCCCCCCCCCCCCUCUCCAUUAAUGCUUCUUUUUAAGGAUAUUUAAAGCUAGUCAAAGCUACACAGAAAGGAGAGAAGCUGAAAUAAGGAUGUGUUGACACCGGGGAUCGAACUCGGGACCUCGCGUACUGAAGGCUGCGCACUAACCAACUGUGCCACCCUUGCUUCUCCUUUUCCCCCUGAGGACGAGGUUGACAUGUUUUAAUCAUUAUCUCAAGGGCAGGGUUACCAACGAAACAAAUUAUAAUCUAAUCUUAAAAAGGUUGAGUUUGAUCGUCCGGGUGAACGUAGUCUCGAAUAGGACUGUUGUUGUUGACAGUGACUGUCAACAACAACAGUCCUAUUUGAGACUACGUUCACCCGGACGAUCAAACUCAACCUUUUGAAAUGACUCCUGGGUUCAAACCUUUCACAAUCUAAUCGUAGCUGCACAAUUACAACGUGGGCGCGUUGUCAGUUACGGUUCAUGAGGUCGGUCAUGUGGCAUGUCAAAAUCUAACGAUUCUAUCGUUUAGGAUGUGACACAUUUGGGUUUUUUGUUAUUGUAUGACAUCUUUGAAAGCUGGCUUUGUGAUCUGUUUAAAUUGAUAUGUAAUGAUUUUAUCACUGGCAAGUCUUAGCAGUGACACUGAUAGCCGUACAGUGAACAUGACCACACUUACCGUGUGGAGACUGGGCACUACUCAGUAUUAUGUACAUGUAAAACUGUUUUGAAUAGUGCAACAACAACUAAACAUUACCAAAUUAAAAACUUAAAAAUUUGAAACAAAUGUUUUUUAGCCAAAUCAAACAAGAAGAGUACUCACCACAGGGAACCCAACCUGCUAUUAUAGGUGAAAGUUAACCCCCCUUUUACCUGUAAUUAGGACCAUUUGUAACGAGUACCCCCGCCAGUAUUAAUCGGCAGGUGCUAAGGAAGCUCUGUGCCAAAUUUGACACUUUUGUCACGUCUGUAACGAUCUGGCCUAUAUUUUGCACUAAGAGACCUGACUAUCAACAUUUUGGCCUGAGAUAUAUCAAUAAAGGUGAGGAAGAAACUCAAUCUUAUCGAAGAAGAGGAUUCUAGUCAGUGUUUGAAAAUUUUAAUCACAGUACACAGUUAAGAAGACAAAAAUCGACUGAGAGAGAUUGGAGAUAAGAGAAAACAAGUGAUUCCUUCAACAAAUAUUAGCAAACAUACUUGCACCUGAUCAUCUGAACAAGCUCCUUGGCCAUUUGCAGUGUUUUUUGCAAAGACCAACGAAAGAAAGAUGGAAGCGACUUCAAGCCAGUCACAAUGUCCAGUUUUUGAAAGACUCCAGGGUCACAUUAGCGAGCGAAUUGACUGACUAAAUUUUUUCAACAUGGUACAUUUGCAUCCUAAUUUUGCUUUCAAUGGAAAGCCUUCAUAAUGUGUGCUAUUGUUUCUGUGAGCCAAUUAAAACUUUCAUUUUCUAAAACCUGUCAAAUGACUGUCAAAUCGCUCGUCCUGCACUAGUUUCUGGUCCCUCAAACAGGAAGCCACAUAAUUUAAAUCAAAUACGUGAUGGGUAAACUCAAUUUGAUUCUUCCGUAAAAGAUCCGAGUCAAUCAUUAUACCCAAAUUUUUAGCAAAGUCCUUCAUCUCUAAUUGUUAAUCGAGUAUUUGAAGUUGGAUUGAAGAUCUUGAUCUGUUCUUAUUUCUGGCAUAUAUGUAUUAUUUGGUACAUUGGUACAUUUUGAUACAUUGGUACGUGUUUAAAAAGCUAGAAUAAUGGCCGUUGCCAUGUCAGUUUUCAAAAUAAAACUUUUUAAAAUACUGGCAAAAGAAAAGAACACCCAAAGUUGAACUCUGGCUGGAUCAUUUCUGCCCUUGACUGAACAACAUUAAUCAUAGUGGGGUGGGGCAAGGGGUCAUGGCGGUAACAAAUCUGCAGAAUGGGUGCCCUAUGGGUGGGUAAAACUGUUUUUCCAAGGUUGUAGGGUGGUCAGGAAUGCAGUAAAACCUCACAACUAAGAACCUGUUAGGCUAAAAUAUUCCAGUUUUAUAACCCCCUCUGUAAUAAGAACCUGUUUAGCCUAAAAUUUGAAACAGAUUUUUCUUUUCAAAAAUUCUUUGAAAAAAUCCUGUACACUUGGGUGGUUAUUACUGAGAUAAGUCAGCAUUCAGAAUCAUCUUUGGAGACAUAAGUGCCUUAUCACUCCAACUGCAAUUUAAACACCAACGCGGUCUUUGAGCUCAAUGCUUUAGCUUUUCUUUUUUGGUUAUUUUUACCUAUCCUCAAAUUUGGUAUGCAGAUUUUAUAUGAGGAAUAAGCUGAACCACUGAAUGCUCUUAGCUAUAUUGUUUUUCUUCAGAAAAAAAGAACCUAUUUAAGAGCCUAAAUAGCUUAAACGUGUGCUAACUACCAUUUACAUAAGAACCUGUUUAGGCUACAUGUAACUUGGAAAAAUCCAGGUUCUUUGUCGUGGGGUUUUACUGUAAUGUUUUCAAAGCCUUAACUUAAAACUGCUAUGUUAAGGGCUUGAAAACUGACUGAAAUGAACUUUUUUUUCUAAGGUACCAGGGAAGCAAUGGAAAAAUUUCGAUUGGUAGAACUUUUAGAUGGACCUUUGCGGACUGUCCAAGGUUCUGUUGAAGAGAUCGUGGAAGAGUUCUUUCCAGGUAUUUUUCAAUAAACUGUUAGUAGAUCGUCCUUACCUCUUCCCCAAGUAAUGACAUACACUGUUUAAUUAUACAUAAUCUUUUUUUAUGCAUACCAGGCUAGUGUUGAAUUUUUAAAGCUGUAAAUUGUUUCGUAGGGAGCUUCUUGACCGUUACCUUGCUUGAGGUUGUUUCUUGGUUUUUGCAGGCUGGAUCAGAAACUAUGUAACUCAUAGUUUAACCUUUUUCUCUAUGUAUCAUCAAACAUCAGUCACAGCUUUCUGAUUGUCAACACCCAUCCAAUAUACAAUGUAAUGAAUUAUUGUACAUCGAAAGCUGAAACUAGGCAAGGUUAGGAAACAUCUACAUCUACACUUUAUUAAGUCGGUAAAAAUCGCGACAUCACACCAACUGUUUAAAAAACGAAAUUAUGCAAUAAUAUAAAAACUGAAUAAAACUAAUACAAUGGAAUAUUAAAAAUAAUUAACUAAGUUAGGUUUAAAACUAUCUACGGGCCUUGUUUGGUAUGACUAUCAUUCAUUGCAUUGUUUUAAAUACUACGACCUCCUUCGUUUGCGUUGUAUUGUAAAUUUCAGUUACAAAAGCCCUUAUUUUCUGUAAAGAAAGUUGUAGCAUGUUUUGAUAAUAUCAUACUCAGGGUUCUAUCUAGGGUAUUUGUAGGGUAGAAGCUCCCCCCCCCCCAAAAAAAAUGCCCAGCUUCCCACCCAAAAAUAUUGUUAUCAUUACAGUAAAUAAGUAACUAUAUCGGUAAAAACAUCCAAACGCAACAAGGUCAAUGCACACACUGUAACAUUUCUCAAAAUUGUGUCUCAAAAUGCACCAGAUUGCAUCUUAGCGCAUAUUCAUUUCCCAAAAUUUCCGGGGGAGCAUGCCCCCCGACCCCAUAGGAAGAAAACUAUACAAAAACUUAUAAAUGAUAACUUAUAAAUAGAUAACGUAAUGAAUCGAUUUAAGGGUUAAGUACCGAGUGCUAAACAAGAGAUAAUAUUCCAUGUAAUAUUCUCAGAAUUACUCAAAUCAUCAGGACCUUCUCCUUGAGUAGCAAAUGUACAGUUCGUCACAAUGAACAGAAUUCCUUUAUCACCACACAUAUAGAAAUAAAAUAAAGUUAUUAUUAUUAAGUAAAUAGUCCGCUGUUUUGUAAUCAGUGUCUAGAAAGUCAGAUCAUUUUGGGCUCUGGAUCCCGUGUGCGUAUGUUAUUUUUCCUGUUAUUGAGAGGUGCGUGACUGCAAAGGGAAAUGACGGAAAAAUAACACACUCGUAUUACUGUUAAACAACUUGCGUUGCACCGCAGCUAAUUGCGAUAUUGUGUUUUGUUUUGAAAUCAACCGUCCUUGUUGACGUGAGUUUAUUGAACGUAUGUAGCUUCCGUAGCUAGCUGGAGCUUUUGUUGGGAAGGGGUGAUGGAGGGCGUGCGUGCGAGAAUGGGACUCAGUCGCCUGACAAAACCGCGAAAGUCUGUAAAAAAAAGAGUAAGUGAAAAAGAAGAGGGUAUAUGUUGCUGUCAUUUUUUACAUUUUCCAUUCAUUCACAAUUUUCACAUAGACCAUAAUGCAUCUUGUUUCCCCCCCGCCCUCCAAAUUUGCAUAACUAUUGUUUCCAAUUUCUCCUGGGUAUUACAGUCGUCCCAAGAGAAAUCGAAGAGAAUGGUUAUGCAAAUUUGAAAAAGGGUAAACAAGGUGCAUUAUGACCUAUAGUCCAGUCAAUCUAGGCAUUUUUGAGGCUCAACAUCAAACUAAUUGCAACAGAAUUGUUUUCAACGCCAUUUAAGUAAGGAUGGCCUAUCUAGCAACAUACUAAAACUUCGCCAAAAUCCGUACGGUGGAACAUGUCAAAAGUAAGCGUGAAACAUUUUGAGCUUUUAACACAGGGAACCUACGUUUGUUGAAAUUAUAAGUUUAAACAAAACAUGCACAAAAUGUGUUUGAUACUUUUAUGGAAAAGUGAAAGAAGAAAGCAACUGUUACCUAGUUUUCGGUGAUAAAAACAAAGUGUUUCUUCUUUUCAAAAAGGAUAAAUAUUAAACACCGUUGGCUUUUGCACAGGAAGCCCAUUCUCCGCCCUUGGAGCCCCAAAAUAACAGGAAGCUUACAGGGUAAUAGAGUGAACUGUUGGCUGUAAAACUACAGCAAAUUUAGUCGCAAGGCUUUAAAUCUGAAAAAUGAAAGCCGUUAAUUACUUAAUCAUUAGCUUUUAAAAUAUAUCCUUUCUUAAUCAGAUUUCUGUUAGGCGUAAGGGUAAGAAGAAUAUAUAUCAGAGCUGGAUUUUUGAAUAACGUUACAGCCAAAAUACAGCCCUACCCUCAAACAGUUUUUUUCUUUCAAAAACUAUCUUCAAAGAAGUCAACAUAACAACCAGGAGUGCAGCCAUUGCUUUUUUUACUUCUCCUCCUCUCUUUCUCCUCGCUCUUUCUAUUUUCCCAUUCCUUGUUCUUUUCUAGCUAGGAGGAUUUUCGGGCUCAUUUUGCUUUCGGCUUUUGGUCUUUUUCUCGGUCAAAAGACUGCACUUUUCAUUCGGUACGUUUUCAAAAAUUCAGCAAGAUAAUGCUUUGGCUUUUACGGUUACCUUUACAUUAGUUUUCGUUAACGUACCGACAUCCUCAAGUAUAUGUUUCACUUUUUUUGAAGCUUUUCGUUUUCUUCCUGUUAGAAGUGAAUUGGAGAGGAGAAGAGGAUAGUUUUACUAAUUCUUUACGAUGCGCAACAAUGCAGAGUUUUUGAGCAGGUUAAGCUCCACUGCCUAUUAAUUUGAUAAGAGGGAAGUACGUUUUCAUAUAAGGAAAAGUGUUGAUACCUUCGCAAAAAAAAUUAUAAAGGUUAACGGAACAUACAUAGCAUAAGAACUUUGGUUCCAGGAAACGCUUGUUUCAAGAAAACGAAACAGUAUAAUAGGGAAGCGGGUUUUUAAGGAAAAUAUUAACUCUGGGCAGCCAAAACAAUGCGUAUUUAAAUAUAUCUUGUAAGAGUCUAUGGAGUAAUGGGAAUUCCCCACGCAGAGCAUAAUUCACCCAAGUCAGUCACAAGGCUAACAUGCAGUAAGUUGAAGUGCUACACAACGCUCAUCCGAAGAGAAACAUAGGUUCCGCAAAAAGAGGUGACCCAUCAGAAGCUAAGUCAGGCAAUGUCGUACUUUUGUCCAGUACUUUCGCGCCUUCACUGACCACUGCAAUUAUUUUCAGACAUAUAGGAUCCCAUGAUCGUUAUAUAAAAAGAGGUCUUCAUUUGGCAGUGGACGAACAAAAACUGGUCAAGGCUCAGCGUUGUUCUCUUAAAAGAAAUGCAAGGAGGGAAUGGAAACGCCUUCAGACCACAGAGCGAUUAAUAUACUUAUUCAUCUUACCAAAAAAUGAAGGGCUGCCGCAGAAAAUACAAACUGAACACACAAAUACACAAAACUAAAUCUGAGACUCGCUACAAGAAGAAGAUAUAAAAAGAACAAUCACACUGCGCUUGGUUUUCUGGAUUUCCCUCACAACAUAUUCGGCCAGGUGUAAUGAAAAGCGCAGAGCUUUACGAUCUAGCAACAACCAAAUAGACGGAGUCCUUAACACAAGAUUUAUUCACUCACAUUGUAGAGUACGGAGUCAUAAUCCUAAAGGAGGUCGUGCAUGUCGCGAGAAAAAAAAGAAUGCCUGAUUUCGAUCACACAUAUUGUGUCCAAGGGUUUGAACAUAACUACCUCAAAAAACUCGAUUACAGAAAAUGGGAAUAGGUUAAACAGUUUGUACUGAUACAAAGCUAUCGUCCGUUGCACACAUUUGGUCGCACGUAUCUUGCAGCAUGGAUGCAAAUUUAGUACUUGGCUGAAGGUGAACAAAAUAUCAGAUCAAACUGUUCACCAUCAGUCAGCUACAAAUUUGAAUCCAUGCUGCAGGAUAUAAAAAAUUACCAGCCUGUAAAACUGCCCAAAUACUUACUGCAUUUCUGAUAUUGCGGGAAAAAAAUUACUAAUAUUUUUAACCCUGUUAAUAAUUUCCGUUAAAAAUACCGUCAUAGAAAAAAAAAAUUAAAGCUUGGAAAACAGAAUGUGUAGACAGACGAGUGGCUGGGUAACCUGUGCAAAGCCCUCAAGACUAAACACUGACCCAGGUGUUUCAAACACAUUAAGUCCGCGUUUUUUAAAACAAAACUACCUAAAAUACAUUAGCAAUGUUGUAUCAAAAAUUCUUGGGAAAAAAACACACAAUUAUCAGAUGCCAGUGUCUGAAUUUGUGAUCUUCCUGAAAUUGGGUUCCUGUGGUGAAAGUUGAAAAUCUUUAUUGCCAAUUUUUCUCAUGUUUCACCGAGCCGAUUUUGGCAGAUUUUUAGUAUGUUGUUAAAUAGCCAUCCAACAAUUAAAUGGCGUUGAAAAAAAAUUCUGUUGCAAUUAGUUUGAUGCUAAACCACAGUUGGUGAAAAUGGUGAUUUCUACAAAUAGAUCUGCGCCAUCGUGACUUAAGAAGUGUCAUUUUUUGCAGGUACCCUCUUAAGGUCUCCUCAUGGUAACAGCAUUUGUGCGUAAGAUUGUAUCGUGGUUAACAAGGUUUGAUUGUAUCUGUGUCAUUUUUUUAUUUAGUUGGGCCCGGAUGUCCAGUGGUACCUAAAGGGUUUGUAUCAAACCUCCCAGAAGAAGCAAAACAAGUGAUACGAAAAAUACAAGAACAAACCACGAACGGCCUUCUUGUAGCUUCCUCCUCAAUACUGUCUGCUGUCCAAAAAGAAGGGAAACGUAAAGAAGAUGGGGUUGUAUGUGACUUACUCCUCUUAAGUGAGUCGCUUGGACGGCUCCACCUUAUCUCCCUUGUCAGCAGUGGAUCACAAGAUCAGUUCUUCCCGCAUGCCCGUGCUACAGCCAAAGCUGUGAAGAAAUCCUUAGUGAGGAACGGCAGUUGCUAUGAAAAGUUUUACAUCACCUGCCAGGUGGUGCUUUGCAACAGAGUGGGAACUGAGCCACUUGAUAUAUCGUCUCCAGACAGUCGAUAUCCUAAAGAGUAUCAUCUACGUUCAUCGCCCCAAGAGUUAGUGAAGAUCAACAAAAUCCUGCAGUCACUAGUAAUAGUUUUGGCGCAGUUUCCUUCUUUUCUUUCCAACAAGCAGGGGUUAAAAUUUCUUAACUUGCUGACAAAGGAACAGUUUGAACUGCUGAGCAAAUUGUACGACGUCAAGAAACAAAGAGAGCUAUGGAUUCAGGGUGUAGCUGGCACUGGAAAAACCGUGGUGGCUUUAGAGUUUAUUAGAAGGCUCCUCAACGGUGAUCCCAACCUUAAAUCUGAAAACAUGCUCUACGUUUGUGAGACACCUGCAAUGCUUCCCCAAAUAAGGUAUGUUUCUUUCAAAUUCCAGGGUGAAGGGUUGGAUCAUGUAGCCUCUUUACACCUCCCAUUCCCCUUGCAGGGAUGGAAGGGAAUACGAUGACAACUGUCCUUCUGUUAAUUAACAUGAGGUCUGAGUUGACAUGGAAAUUUAUCUCUAGCCGGUUCCUUAAGCAGUUUGGUAACUUUCUUUAUAGCUGCUAUUACGGACCUCGGUGUUUAUAAUCCUUUCCCUUUCGCGAUAUGUAUUGUGAGUACACCACAGUAACCAGUUACUGCACUCUUCGUUAAUCUCCUUUAUUCCACAGUCGGCUCGUGCGUUUAAUUCCUAAUAAAUCAUGAACCUUAAGUCCCCACAAUGAAACUACUCCAACUGCGCGGUCGGCCGCUUCGCGACCAAACAAGGCGCGCUCCGCUUGCCAAGAGGUCGACUUGUAGCAAGUCUACUCGGUAAUUAAACUCAAUCGAACGUUCUGUGCAGCCACUCGGAUUAUCCUAGUAACUCUCUUUUAGCAUGUACAAACGACGAAGAAUUAUGUUGUACGUGAAACCAAAAAAGAACAUAUUUUUGAAAAAAUAACUAAUGUGACGACGUGACCCGCGUGGUCUACUUUAACGUGAACGUGACAUGUUUCGCCGGCAAACAUUUGAAUUGGCGCAUCAUAGGUUUAAAUUAGCCUCAUUCAAAGAAAAGAGUAUUGAAUACCAACACCCCUUAAAACCAAAGACAAAUGUAAUCACAUGACAAAUACGAACCUUCAAUAAGUUGCUGCCUUCAGUCGUUUAAGCUGAGGUGCAAGAUUAUCUUUUCCCAUUUUCAGGAUUUUUCUUUCGGAAACAGCACACUUGAGUAGUAUAGGAGGGACCGGUUACUCCGGUUUUUUGGAGAGGAUUCUCAUUAAGGUGGGGAGGAAUACAUUAACGCCGAUGACGUCAUAGGCUAUUGUCUGGAUCUCAUGAAUAAAAUGCGCAGGAAUCUCAUAAAGAUAAGGUCAUGUGCUAUUUUUAUUUUGUGGCGGUCAUGGUUGGUAUAACCGGUUUGACAGGUUAGUUAUUUUUGGAAGAUGAUGUCAUAUAUAUUCCGGGGUACUAUGAUGUCAUAGUUGUUUUGAUUGGUUGACCGGAAUUAGAAAGACGCUCAUUGGCUGUCUCGUUUGACGAAGCAUUCUGGUUGGUUGCCGUAUUUUUAUUGUUUGAACGGCAUAAAAGCCUGCUCACUGCCUUCCCGCAUACUAAUUUGGAUUUCCUGCAUACUAAUUAAGUGUCGCCCUGCAUACUAAUUCGGUAUAGGUUUACUAAUGAGUGUUUCUCUACUACAAUAGGAACAAUAGGCUUGCCUAGACUUGCCCGGUAAGUAACUUAAUUAAAAGGAAAAUAAGAGCGAUCACCGAGCAACGCCAGAAACAGCUUCCUAUUUCUUAUUUAGCGCUAAAACUCGGAUAUAUAUAAACAAGACAUACACAAAGGGGAGCUGAAAACGCUUUAUUUCAAGUUUGUCUGACUAUUACAGAACUGUUUUCUCCUUUCUAUCUCGAGGAAAUGAAAAACUAUUGAAGUCUCAACGUUUCACGCGUCAUUAGUUAGGUAAUUAUGCGAGUUCACAAGCCCAAAGUUGAAUACAAAUUAGCUCUACAGGAAAAACCUCAAGGGACCAUAUUGACGUAUUAUUAUAAAACAAAUAACUUAACAAGGAUCAAUUGAUUAAACACGCGACUCAUAAUUGCUAGCAAUAAAAACACAAGAGAGAUACCGUAUUAAAAAACUUUAUUAAAAACAAAAAGAGUCAAAUAUACAGGAAUGGAAAUUAAUUAAUCUUCAUCUUCGUUCUCCUCUGUAGAAGGGGAAUAGAAAUUGGUUUCCAACGUCUUCGCGUUUUUGUGUGUAAUUGCUCCGCAAUCGUGACAUCGAAGAAAGCCCUCUUUCAUGUAUUUUCUCUCCUCGGGGAUCUGGUGAUCGCAUAUAGGACAAAUCGUGUAGUAAUCGUGCCAAAGGCAUUUAGGACAUUUCAUGAUCAAUGUCCCGUACACAUUAGAGUUCUCGCAGUGUUCACAGGGACGUUUAGAGUGAAAGGUGGUGGACGUUUCAGCGUUACUACUUUCUAUCUCCUGACUGUCGUUUUCAGUGUCGUUGUCGCUCUCUUGGGUGUCUUCCGCUUCAACGCCAUUCUCAGAAGCCAUUUCCUCCUCCUGAUUUUCAAUAUCCGAUGAACUCUCCUCAUUAUUACUCUCGUUAUCAGAAGUAUUUUCUACAUUUUGGUAGCCUUUUUCCUUUUCUAUUAAAUCACUUAACAACUUUUUGUUCUUGAUUAAACCUUUAUCGAUUCCCAACUCUGCAAGUCCAUCUAGAAACGUAUUCAGCGCACGAGGUUUGGUAACCUCAUUGUUAUAAGGGAGUAACACAUACUCAACUAGCUCAGCGAUGUUUGUGACGGGAAUAGUACGUUUAUUUCGAAGUAAUUGUCCGCUGGGGGUCCAGAAAAGAAUAUCUUUGGACGCAGCCAUACUGUGCAGCAAAUCAGAAGCACGCUUUUCCGGCACUGCUCGGGAAAGAUGACUCAAAACAUCUUUUAUUCUCGGUUCUUCUUUUAUUCUUGGUUCUUCAUCCUCGCUUUCAUCACCAGAACGUUCGCUUUCUUCAUGUUCACUCUCGUGUUGUUCUUCUUCAACCAAAUCUAUCUUUCUCUUCAUUUUUGAUGAGUACCCGUGACAGACUUAGGUUCGAAUGAUCAACCUAGCGAUGCGUCACCUCUUUUAUAGCAUUAGAAAUCCUAGACUUGUAACAGCAGGUACCAAUAGGUCUUGAAUAAAACCAUCACCCUCUUGUACAAGGAUUCGCUUCUUUGUUUUGUAAGGGACAUUUGUUUCUGCUAGGUUUACUAGAGCAUCCUUAUAUGGCAACACGUUCCGCUUAUUUUCUUCGGGGAUAAGAAUGUAUUCCUUAAGUAUAUUGUAUAAGACUUGGACUAGUGCAUGUAGUUGUUGUGGAGUAGCUGUCCGUAAAAGAAACUGGCGCUGAUAAGCAGGGCAAUCAGCUAACAGCUGAAGAAAACCACGAUUGUUGUUCACUACACGAGACAUUGCUACACAAUGAACUAAGAAUGGCAUUUGGUGGUCUUUUAUAGAAUCUGGUGGAAGGAAAAACAAUAGAAAUGUGGUGGCGGUGGUGGUGGUGGUGGUGGUGGUGGUGGUGGAGGGAAAAUAAUAGAAAUGUGGUGGUGGUGGUGGUGGAGGGAAAACAAUAGAAAUGUGGUGGUGGUGGAGGGAAAACAAUAGAAAUGUGGUGGCGGUGGUGGUGGUGGUGGUGGUGGGAAAACAAUAGAAAUGUGGUGGUGGUGGUGGUGGUGGAGGGAAAAUAAUAGAAAUGUGGUGGUGGUGGUGGUGGUGGUGGUGGAGGGAAAACAAUAGAAAUGUGGUGGUGGUGGUGGUGGUGGUGGUGGAGGAAAAACAAUAGAAAUGUGGUGGCGGUGGUGGUGGUGGUGGUGGUGGAGGGAAAACAAUAGAAAUGUGGUGGUGGUGGUGGUGGUGGUGGGAAAACAAUAGAAAUGUGGUGGCGGUGGUGGUGGUGGUGGAGGGAAAACAAUAGAAAUGUGGUGGUGGUGGUGGUGGUGGAGGGAAAACAAUAGAAAUGUGGUGGCGGUGGUGGAGGAAAGAAAACAAUAGAAAUGUGGUGGUGGUGGUAGUGGUGGUCUUGGGUGAGGAAAACAAUAGAAUCUUGUGGUCUGAAAAACUAUAUAAAUGCGUAACAUUCUACCUCCUUCUCAGUGUACAUUUUGCUCCUGAGGAGUUGACAUGAGUUGGUUCUGUUCUGUCUGCGAAAAAUCCUUUAGUAGAAAAGAUAGUAUGCAAAGGCACGUGAUGUCUAAACACCGCAAUGCUGGUCUCACCCCAUUUCAAACAGUUCCAAUAUUUUCACAGAAAUGUCAGCGGUUUCGCUUCGAGCACCCUUUCACCUCAAUGAUUGCCGGAAUGACCGGUUCCGGAAAAACGGCCGGGGUUCGAUCGCUAUUGCAACAAGCUUCAGAGACAAUUUACCCUCCCCCGGAGAGGAUCGUUUGGUGUUAUUCACAAUGGCAGCCAGCGUAUACACAAAUGUUAGUCGCCAUGCCAAACAUUGAAUUCGUCAAGGGAAUUCCUACGGCUUUGGAGCAAGAUUCCUAUUUUGAUGUGAACAAACGGAAUUUGAUCGUGUUUGAUGAUCAGAUGAUUGACGCCAGUAAGGACAAGCGAAUUGUGAACCUUUUUACUCGUGGUUCUCAUCAUCGCAAUCUGAGCGUGAUUUAUAUCGUGCAGAAUCUAUUUCAUCAGGGGAAAGGUAGUCGCAGCAUAAGCCUAAACAGCCAUUAUCUGGUGUUAUUCAAGAAUCCACGAGACAAAUUACAAAUCUUGACUCUGGCGAAGCAAAUGUAUCCUGGGCAGACUGAUUUCUUUUUAAAUAAGUACGAAGAGGCUGUAAAAAGACCUUUUGGUUAUCUUCUGAUUGAUCUGAAAACUACUACCCAAGAUAAUUGUCGGUUGCAAACAAACGUCCUGCCCAGUGAAGAAGGCUUUCACCAAGCAGGGUUUCAAGAAAAUAUUCCUCAAGAGCUCCUAAAAUAUCUGAAGCAGCAAACUCUUUCGCCUGUCCCACUUCUCCCAGCUAUGCAAGAAAUACAGGGCAACAUGGAUGACGUGCUUUCUCGAAACGAUCUUCGGGACGAUCAAAAAGCUAAGCGAUACGUUCAGUUGCAAAACAGAUACCUGGCUUUUAAAGAACAAUUAAAUACAAGAACACGACCGGAAGAAACAAUCAGUACUGUUCCAGACUUAACAUCAAGGACACAAGAUUCUUCGACAGCAACGACAGCAUUCUCGACUCCCCUCAACCCCUUUAAUGUAACACCUGAAUUAACACAAGCGGCUAUCUCUCAAAAACCUGACAAAGAAAGCCUCACCCCUCCACCACCCUUAAAUCCUGCUUUCCUGACCCCUCCUCCCACAGUAGAAACCCCAUCACAACAAGGACCGAAGCGCAAAAGGCGUCGGAUUCAAUUUGUAAAUUAUUUGGAUGAUCAUAAAUCUCAUGGCAAACAGCUGAAGAAACGUCGGCAUAAGAAAUUCAAGCCUUACAAGUACUCCAUGGGCGAAGAUGAAGAUUAAUUAAUUUCCAUUCCUGUGUAUUUGACUCUUUUUGUUUUUAAUAAAGUUUUUUAAUACGGUAUCUCUCUUUUGUUUUUAUUGCUAGCAAUUAUGAGUCGCGUGUUUAAUCAAUUGAUCCUUGUUAAGUUAUUUGUUUUAUAAUAAUACGUCAAUAUGGUCCCUUGAGGUUUUUCCUGUAGAGCUAAUUUGUAUUCAACUUUGGGCUUGUGAACUCGCAUAAUUACCUAACUAAUGACGCGUGAAACGUUGAGACUUCAAUAGUUUUUCAUUUCCUCGAGAUAGAAAGGAGAAAACAGUUCUGUAAUAGUCAGACAAACUUGAAAUAAAGCGUUUUCAGCUCCCCUUUGUGUAUGUCUUGUUUAUAUAUAUCCGAGUUUUAGCGCUAAAUAAGAAAUAGGAAGCUGUUUCUGGCGUUGCUCGGUGAUCGCUCUUAUUUUCCUUUUAAUUAAGUUACUUACCGGGCAAGUCUAGGCAAGCCUAUUGUUCCUAUUGUAGUAGAGAAACACUCAUUAGUAAACCUAUACCGAAUUAGUAUGCGGGGCGACACUUAAUUAGUAUGCAGGAAAUCCAAAUUAGUAUGCGGGAAGGCAGUGAGCAGGCUUUUAUGCCGUUCAAACAAUAAAAAUACGGCAACCAACCAGAAUGCUUCGUCAAACGAGACAGCCAAUGAGCGUCUUUCUAAUUCCGGUCAACCAAUCAAAACAACUAUGACAUCAUAGUACCCCGGAAUAUAUAUGACAUCAUCUUCCAAAAAUAACUAACCUGUCAAACCGGUUAUACCAACCAUGACCGCCACAAAAUAAAAAUAGCACAUGACCUUAUCUUUAUGAGAUUCCUGCGCAUUUUAUUCAUGAGAUCAAGACAAUAGCCUAUGACGUCAUCGGCGUUAAUGUAUUCCUCCCCACCUUAAUGAGAAUCCUCCCCAAAAAACCGGAGUAACCGGUCCCUCCUAUACUACUCACUUGCUUUUAAGAAUUGUUCUUUGGAGUUUGAACUGCUAACUUCUAAUACUUGCGAUGAAUAUUUCAAUGUGUCGAAAUAAAUCAGGUCACGAUGCUUGAAGCUGUUUAUAAAUAAAAGGCAGUCUGUGACUGCAUGUGCCUACUGGUCUAGUUUUGUAGAAUAUAUUGCAGUAAAAAAAUGCGAAAAAUGUAGAGGGGGAAAUGAACAGGUGUAGUGAAUAAACUUUCACGAUACACGCCAUCUUUGCACGCGCUAAAGCACUGAUGGGAAAAAAGCAAUGUCUCGUGGUUUCUUGAAAUGACUUUUAUUACAUUUGAUGUUAUCUUGAUAAUAAUUAAGAAACAAUGGUAACAGGAAGAACAAGAACAAUUUAUUUAGAUUAUUUACAAAACUUCAACAUGGAAAGAUUCCGAUCAAAUAUUUCAUUAAUAUUAAUAUUCUGAUAUUAACUUUGAAUAAAUUUUGAUAUUAACUUGAGUAUACAGCUGUAACAUAUCGUUGAUGAGUGUUAUUGCAGUUCAGACGUAACUGUGUCGUCGUCGAUAUUUCUAUUAGCACUAACAAAACUUGAACUUGGAAAGAUAAAACAAUUGUCUUUAAACUUCUGAUCAAAUAUUGCAUUAAUAUAAGUUGUGAUAUUAACUUGAAUAUAACAUAAGAAUAACAUGAAUCGAGCCAAAUGGUCUAAUGACAUCAGUUAAGCUGAGGUGGAUGGCAAAAACUGGGAAAUUACUCUUGUACUUUGAUCUAAAAUCAUCUUUUGUUUUCCAGCAUUAAAGAAAAGCUUUGACAAAUCUGCAGAAGUGAUUUUAGAUAAGCUUGAUUCACAUUUGAUGUUGGACAUGAAGCUUUGGAUGGCAUCAUUGAAGGCUGUAUAAUUGACCAGCUUUUCAUCAAAACCUUAUAAUGAUAAACAGUUUAACUAGAGGUUUCGCUGUACGCAACCCUGACGUUCAAAAUAUGCCAUAAUCAUAUUUAUCUACAUCGCAACCACCCUUCCCCCUCAACUGCUACCUGUAGGCCUAAAAAACAUAUCGAACGCACUCUCCUAAGCUCCCAUUACUCCUAGUACCCUACCUUGAAGCAGGUGAAACAGAACUCAUAAACUAUGAAAUUCGCGAUAGGCGAAUUAUGUCAGAAAUGGCUUAAGGCAGCACCCACACCCACACUAAAAUAUGAACCAUUAAACAGCUGCAUCACUGUACAAAAUACACAACGUUUGCUGCUGUAAUAAAAGACGAACAAAUUGUGAAGAAUCAACAUGGCGGUCUCAAAAUGCCCUAGUUUGACCUUUAGCAAUGUCAUGUUCAUUUAGAUGCCAAAAUCUCAUUGGUUCCUAAGCAUCAACUCAUAGUAACCUCAACCUUAUUGGCCGCUGCAAAAAUCAUCAUAAUAGCUCAAAAAACGGCUUGCAGAUUACGAGUCUCACUGCUUACGCAAGCGAGACUAAAUAUAAUGCGAGACAUGUAAGUUGUUACCAGUCGUGCUUGUAUACGAUCUGAGCCCUUCUUCUUUUUUUAGAAGGCCCUUCUAAAAGUCUUCUUAAUCAGUACAAGUACUGUAAGAGUUAAUAGAGAGUUUUAGAUCCGAGUUUACCGCGAACCUCUAACCGCUGGAGGUCACGUGACAAGUCUUUCGCGUCACGUUUGAGGUUUACGACGUGCGUUUUCAACGUGGGGAGAUAGGUUUUCACGUAUGCCAUUUACCUGCAAGCUUUUAGCGUAUAAUUGUUGUUUUAUGCCACGUAAUGAUACAAAAAUCUUGAGGAGCAAGUCUUUAUCCAUUAACAGAGGCACAAAUUCGGGCGAAACGCUAAAUUUGAUAAAUCCUAUUGGAUCUUGAAAACAAGUGCCAUUCAUGGCUGCUGAUUCAAAAUGGCGGCCGUAAAAUUGCAAGAAGAAUUAAUGUAAGAAUUUACAGCUCUUUGCUGCUAGAUAACCCAGUGUUACCGUAAAUUUGUUUUAUUUUCACUGAUUGAUUUUUCUUCUAUUUCUAAAUGAAAAAAUAAACCAGAAUCCACUUCUUUAAUCCACUGAUUAUACUUACUUACGAUGAUGCAGGAAUGUGACUGUCAAAAACGUGAUCCGUUCGUUGCACUAAUUAACAUCAAAGUGCUGUAGUGUAAGUUUAAGUGUUUUUACCGCGGAUUACACCGCAAGAAAAACCAACGGGACGUCAUCCGUGGUGAGUUGCAAGAACUGUGAUAACUCGAGUUGUUGGGGUAACUUUUGAUCAAGGCAAACAGAAUUUAGUACGAGUUAACGCGGGAGGUCGAGGUUUUUUAGUUACCGCCAGGGUUGCACAGUACUGAGCCGCAUGCUUCGACUGCGACAAGUCUAGCUUAGUGUUGUUGCCCGUAAGGAACUACAUUAUAACAAUUUUCUCAAUACAAUGGGCCUGUUCUUUCUCGCUAUUUAUAGGAAACUUAACAUAUGCGAGUGCCGUACCCGAAAAGCCUUUAUGGAGGAGAGGUUUCCUCAAAUCAGGCACGUAAUCCUGGACGAGGUACAUAAUUUUCAAGCUAAAGAUGGAGAUUGGCUUGGAAAAGCUAGAACGCUCGUCAAACAACAUCUUGAACGUGAAUCCAGUGAUGAUGACUACGCCUCUGACAAUGAAAAAGUGUCGGAGUCUUGCAGCGAAUCCGAAACUGAACAGGACAACUCUGAUACAAACUCUGUCGCUGGACCGGAUCCAGAGUACAGCAUUUGGCAAAGUGAUGGCCCAGGCUAUCUGUGGUGUUUCAUGGACAGAGGACAAGGCAUUUCAAAGAAGUCUGAAACAGGCAUACCACAACGUCUUCGCCAGACGUUUUUUCUAAGGAAAGUGAUAAGGAACUCCAAAAGGAUCUUCCAACUCGCCGAAAAUUUCCUUGAUAGGCGAACUUGGCCUCGAACGGCUCAAUACAGGCGGGAGAAUAUGCUUACGCAUAUUUUUCCGACUUUUCCACGGUAUAUAACCAGACUCGAAAGACUAGAACGAAGAAUGGACAAUAAAUCAGUGACAAUAGGCCACGAUUUCGACGGAGAACAAAGUGAGGAAGAGUAUUCAAAAGGAGAACGAAUUGCUUGUUUGAUUGGAGUACUUGAGUCGCUGCUGAAAGAAGGGUACAGUAAAGGCGAUAUCGCUGUUUUGUGUUUACAUGAACCCCUAGAAGGCAAUGAACUUAAACAGUUGCAAGAGUUUACUUUAACCGUGAAUGCUGAAAGAAAUGAUGAUGACAAUAUUGUUCUCAGCACCGUGAGGGAGUAUGGUGGUUUGGAACGGCCUAUCGUCGUUAUCGUUCUCGAAUCGUUCGACUCUAAGGGCGAAGAUGUGUUUCUUAACCGGGUAAGAUACUGUGCUUUCACUCGUGGAAUGGUUAGACUUAUUAUUCUGAAGGAAAAAUCAAGGGGGGAAAAAAGAAAAGAAAGAAAUUAA